AUGAUUGAAGCCCUGCUCAACUUUUCAGAAGCUACUCUACAAACACAGUUUACCUCAGGGCUGUUUUACAAAGACACCGCCGGCUCUAUGGACUCUGUGGUGACCGUCAACGGUCCCAAUCGCGGUCUACGCAACAGAGCCGAAUUUACAGAGCAGUCCAGAGAGCUCCACCUGUUGGGACCUCUCCACGCUGAUAUAUUAUUCAGCGAGAGGCUCCUUUUGAACUCUGUGGACAUGAGAAUUAAGCUGACCAGAGUGUCCGACGCCUUUUGUCUCAUGGGCGCUGCCAACAGCACCUACCGUCUGAAAAUACUGGGGGCUGCUCUGUUUAUGAAAAAAGUCACCGUUUCUCCCCCCGUGCGUUUGGGUCACGCCGCAGCCUUGCUGAAGGGCAACGCUCUCUACCCUCUGUCACGGGUGAACGUGAAAACCUACUCCAUCCCGCAAAACUCGAGGAUAUGCAACCAGGAGAACCUCUUUCUGGGUACUAUGCCAAAGUAUGUGGUGAUAGGCAUGGUACACCACGAAGCUUUUACGGGGAGCAGGGAUCUGUCUCCUUUCAAUUUCAUCCAUAACGAUGUGGAAUACCUGGCCUUGUGUCAGGAUGGAAGACAGGUGCCGGCCAAAGCUUUUCAGCCUCAAUUUAACAACGGUGUGUCUGUCAGAGAGUUUUACAACAUGUUUACAGCUACAGGGAGACACUUGAAGGAUUUACCUCUGAGCAUCAACAGGAGAGAGUUUGAACAAGGAUACUCUCUGUUUGUCUUUAAUCUCAACGCCAGGGAGGAUGCUGACGCCCUAUCCCCCGUCUCCAACGGGAAUUUAAGGCUGGAGAUGAGAUUCAGAGUGCCUUUACCUCAGACCACUACACUGAUUGUGUACGCCUGCUACGAGUCUAUUUUGGAGAUCAACUCUAAAAGGCAGGUCAUGGUGGAUUAUUACUAA